AUGGAUAAAAGAUGGAGUCUUCAAGGUAUGACUGCUCUUGUAACCGGUGGAGCCGCAGGAAUCGGGUUUGCCAUAGUAGAAGAGUUAGCUAGCUUUGGAGCUAGAAUCCAUGUAUGUGACAUAUCUGAGUCUUUGCUCAAUCAAAGUCUAAGCGAAUGGGAAAAGAAAGGGUUUCAAGUGAGUGGCUCAGUCUGUGAUGUAUCCUCUCGUCCCGAGAGAGAAACACUCAUGCAAACUGUCUCCUCGCUGUUUGAUGGCAAGCUCAACAUUUUCGUGAACAAUGUUGGUGUACUUCGCGGAAAGCCAACAACAGAGUAUGGAGCAGAAGAUUUUGCUUUCCAUAUCUCAACGAACUUGGAACCUGCUUACCAUUUUUCCCAGCUUUCACAUCCUCUCCUAAAGGCUUCAGGCUAUGGAAGCAUUGUCUUCAUGUCCUCUGUUGCAGGGGUUGUAUCCAUGAGCGGGGGAUCAAUUUAUGGUCUAACCAAAGGAGCUUUAAAUCAGCUAGCUAAAAAUUUGGCAUGUGAAUGGGCAAAAGACGGUAUAAGAGCCAACGCUGUUGCACCUAAUAUCAUCAAGACUCCUCAAGCUCAACCUUUUCUUGAUGACGUCGGUUUCAAGAAUGGAUUGUUCGGUAGAACUCCACUUGGUCGAGCUGGAGAGCCGAAUGAAGUUGCAUCACUAGUAGUCUUCUUGUGUCUGCCUGCAGCUUCGUAUAUAACAGGUCAAACCAUUUGUGUUGAUGGAGGCCUCACAGUUAACGGCUUCUCCUAUCAACCACAUGCUUGAAAAUGGUUGUUAUGUUUGUCCCUGUAUUAAUUUCAUUCGAAUAAAAACUCACGCUCUGAGUAUGCUCUUAGGUGUUGAUUAUUUGUAAUUUUUUUAAAAAAAUUUCUUUUUGAAACUAUUUUAUUACCUAAUCAAAAACUGGAAAAAAUAGAAUUCCU